CCCCAAUCCUGUCUCACCAACUACCCUUCAACGCCCAAGAAAUCCCUCGACCCUAGUCAUCAUGUCGUAUUACGAUAACGAUUGUAGUUACGUUACGACGGAAAAAGCGAAGCCAGUCGAACGAAAGCUACGGCAGAUCGACAACUCCGCUACGGCGGCAGGUGAUGGGAAGCCAUUCCCCUUUCUACAUCUCCCCGCCGAAAUCCGCAAUCAAGUAUACCAAUACGUCUCUGCUGAUAUAGAGGGCCCUCUCCGCCUAUACCAUAUUCUCCCCUGCUAUCAUCGAAAGAGCAAUUCGAGCUACAUUAGCCUCAAUACGGUCUGUCGACAAAUCCGCGCCGAGUUUCACCCACUCUUCUACCAUAAUACCAAGAUUGUCAUUCGCCUGGAUGACUUUUCAUCAUUUAUCAGGACGUAUCUUGACACUGCUGCCUCUGCGUACAGCAUUACGCAAAUAGCAAAAGUCACGGUCGAGAACUGCGACGCCAUUCUCUCCCGUGAGCAAGGGUGGGAUAUACUGCCCUUGCUCCAGGACAAAGCACUCAACCGCGAUCGCAAGUGGUCGUUCCAAGUCGGAUGGCGAAGUCCGAUGUGCCAGACUCUCAACAAAGUUGUCAAUUGUCCGACACGUCGCCUCCUAGGAGACAUCAAGUCCGGCAUAUUCUCCGAGAUCCGGUUUUGCCAAUGGGCUGCCCAGAGUGGGUAUGUCAGGACGUGGAAGCUAGUCGUACGCAAGAGGGAGGACAAGCUGAAUCAUCAGGAGAAGAAAAACAUGGAAAGGUACUGUCAAUGGAUGUCAGUCAACAGCCUAGACGGUAUGCCGUUGUGGAAUAGGUUAGAUUCUGGAAAUUUCGAGACCGAGAGUCUUGUUGGCGUUGAGAUCUUUGUGUGUAACGCCCGAGGCAGAAUGGUAGAGAAGUACGCUUGGGACGAGGAGAAGUCGCGCAUGGAGAUGGUCGAUAUGGCGGCGGAGAAGUCCAGGAUGGUCCAGGGCUGGCGAGCUGAGAGCUUCACGCCGAGGGCGUGAAACAUACCAAUGGCCUAAAGUACUUGGUGAGCAGGAGGAGGUGGUAUAACAGUCAUGACUUGGAUGGAAGCUACAGUAUCGAUGCCUGGUCUGAAAAUAUACAUGUCAUUUCCUUUCUCAAAUACUGUAUGAUCUGUGGCAAGGCUGAGGUGAUGGAUUUCGGAAUAUUCGAGAGAGAGCGACCGUAGUAUCUGUGGAAGGUCUUUCAUCAGGCUCGUAGCGUUCUCCAACCCGUGGACAUAUCAUAUCGACACUCUGUCGCGAUGAGGUUGCGGUCCUAUCAACAGAGUGACAAUCCUCCCCGGGACAGUCGGACACCACGAU